AUGCGUAUCACACUCCUUUCUGCACUGUUGUCCAUUUCUCCUUUGGCCUCCGGCCUGGAUAUGUCGGAUGCUAAAGAUGCAGGAGAAUGGAAAAUCGCAAGAGACGCGCCGGAAGUUUCUAGCAGAGAUACUACUCUCUGGAACAGGCCGGCGAAGCGACAGAGCGGCUGGAGUCCACCUUCAAACUUGGCGACACCUUUGAAGCAGGUUUGGGACCACUGUCUGAAUACCUAUUCAAAUGGCCUUUUUGGCUUCAAGAACUACGGCUGGGAUCAAAUCAAAGCCACGAACGGGAAAAUCAACGUAUGCGUUCGAUGGGAAUCUUCGACAGCAGUAACAGAGGCCCAACGCACCCAAGUCGCCACCGCCGUCAACAAGCAGUAUCAAAAAUGGUUCUCGUGGCUCUACGGUUAUGAUAACUUCCCUUAUUCGAACAUCGAGGUCAAGGUCGUUGGCUGGGCUGUUAAGGAUGCCUCCUUACUGCAAGGGUCAACUUCUGGUAUCAAAGUCUACACUGAUAAAGACAGUAGCGGUAUUCCUCAGUGCGCCGAGGCAUGUGGUCGAUUCUUCCACCAAGAUGGAGAUUAUAGUGGAUGUCCCGGUGGUAGUGCAAGCCACUACGAUAAUUCUCUGUGGCUUACUGAUGGCUUCAGUGGUGGUGCUGGUGGUGACUGGGGCCAGAGAAUUGGUCGCGAGUACUUCAUGGGUGCUCUCAGCUCUGACAACAUUCAUAUCUUGCUCCAUGAGAUGGGUCACACCUUUGGUCUUGACGACUUCUAUGACUGGACACCAACCGGUAUCUCCAACUUCAUCAUGCUCGCAGGUUCUUCUUCCGUCAUCACGGACUUUGAUGGAUGGAUGCUCCGGAACUGGUGGUAUGAACUAUCCCGCAACCGGGGAUGGCAGAGCUAG